AUGGACCAGACAGGUAUGGCAGGUGCAAGUGAAUUCGCCUUCAGCCCUUAUUAUAUGUACCUAUUCAAAAAAGCAACUAGAAAAGGGACUGAAAAAGAUAGGACAAUUCGUGUUAAUAUUGUUGGAAAUCAUAGCCAAGGCAAGACGUCCCUUGCAAAGCGACUAGUAGGUCAAACAUGCGUAGGUGUGGAAUCUACCAAUGGCAUUGACAUAAAUCGGUACAGAUGUAAAAAAGUAACUAAUGGAGAGAAAUCAUUGGCUGUGGUAAAAAAUGAAAAUCAAGAUUACAUUAGCAGAUUGGCAUCAUUAGCACGCACAGUUUCUGUAAAGUGCCAACAUUCUCCAAAUAGCGAUCUUGAGAAAGAAAAACCUGUCGUUAAACGAGCCAAAGUCGAAGAAUUAACAAACACAUCCGCUUUGAGUCACGAAUCUUAUGAAGAAAGUAUUACUGACGAUCACCGAAAGCCAGCUGCGCUAAAGAACACUACAACUCUUUCUGCUGACGAAUUCAAAUCCUUUAGUACUGAAAUAGACCAGGGAAAUAAUCAGUCAGAUAUAGUUAUUGAUUUCUGGGAUUUUGGUGGUGAAUAUAGCUUUUAUGCUACACAUACAGUAUUUCACAGUAGAAAAGCUCUGUACCUUUCAGUUUUUGACUUGUCGUCACCUUUAGAUAGCAUAGUCAAGGAUGAAGAAUUUCCCGGUACAGCUGAUGAUAAAAAUAUGGAAGACUACGCUAGGUUUUGGAUAGAAUCAAUUCAUUACUUAGUUGGGCCCGAACCUCCAGUCAUUCUUGUUGGCACACACAGUGAUAUGCUCGAUGGUGAUGAACUAGCAAAAAUUCAAGCCAAAGAUGAAUACUUUGAUAAAGUAAGAUGCCUCUUUGACAGUACUGAAAUGAUAUACCACAUACAAAGUGAAGAUUUCGCUGUUGAUAAUAAUGACGUUUCCGAAGCUGAAUACGAUCGACUACUCCAAACGAUUGUACUGAAAGGAUUGGAUAUGGUAAAAUCUUCUGAAAUUCCAGGGAGAUGGAUAGUGUUAGAAAAGAGGUUAAACAGUGAACGCCACAGAAAGAUAAUUACAUUUUCAAAAGUGACAGAAGUUAAUGAUGAAAAUGAGUAUCCACUGGAAGGUGAUGAGGAGCUAAAGCUCUUUCUUCAUUAUCAUCAUGAGAAGGGAUCACUUUUAUAUUUUGAUGAAGAGCCCAUAUCGCAGCACAUAGUUUUGGAUCCGAAGUAUCUUGUUGAUGCUUUCAGAUGUAUUAUUACUCCAGUUAAGUUUCGCAUGAAAACCCCCCAUAUUCGUGAAGCAUGGCGUAUCUUGACAACUGAAGGGAAGCUGACCGACAGUCUUAUAGAUAAAGUAUGGGAUCAUAACUUUAUGGAGCACAAACACAUACUCCUCGCAUUCUUAAAGAAACACAACAUCAUUUCGCAAGUAGAGGAAUACGACGAACAGUCUCAAACGAGCAAAGAACAAGAUUGGUAUGUUAUCCCAAGCUUGCUGCAAGAUCAUGUUGCAGAACAAGGCAAGUUACUGUGUCAGUUUCUUGAUGGAAAGUCACAAACACAAAUUCGCUACUUGAUGCAGUUUGAGAAACCAAAUAUUGUUCCGAUUGUGUACCACAGGUUUUUAGCUGCAGCUCUAGGAAAAUGGCCUGUUGUAUGUUUUGGUGCUAAGAAGAUGUUGUUUAAAAGUUUGGGAAUAUUUAAAUUGAGUGGUACUUAUGCUGGUAUUGCGGAAAUGACCAAAUGUAGCAUACAGCUUCAAGUUUGUAAUCUCGCAGCAAAUUCCAUUGAUUCUAAAAUACCAGACGAAUUUAGACGUUUUGCAGAAUCCGUUGUUAAACAUGAGUUCACGAAGCUAAAACAUCACGUAGACGAAAAAGUAAACCCAUUCUCUCGGAAGUACAGAUGCAACCACAGAAGUCACGAUUUAGAAGGAAGUCAUGUGAUCAGUGAAAUAAGUCAUCUUGAGGAAAGGGAGGCCAUGCUUUGUCCAGAUAAUCAUUCUCAUUCAGGUUACGACCCCCGUAAAGCCUUAGCUGAAUGGUUUUUGGAUAAAGAAGCUAAAAUGGCUUUUCCAAGGACGAUAUUGUCUGACCAAGAUCUUGGGAGGCUAGCCCAGUCUGCUAUUGGUUGCAACUGGGAGUUUCUAGGACUUGCACUGGGUUUAAGUAAAGUUGCUAUUGACCAUGUAAAAGCUGAUGAUGAGAGAGAUAUCAUGCGCAUCUUUAAGAUGCUACUAGAGUGGAAAGAGUCAGUUGGAGGCAAUGCAACUCUGGAUGACUUAGCGAAAGCGUCGAAGAAAUGUUGCAAGGUUUUUAUUGACUGGGAUGAAAUAAGAAACAUUGGCGAUACUCUAGAAGGAACUGAAAAGUGUGUGCUCAGUGUGUCAAUAAGUGAGUCGGAAGCGAGUUCAGGAAGCCCCAUAAAAGAUACAGCAGAGGAUCAGAAACCGUUAGAAUUCAUUCGAAAUCUGAAAGACCAGCAUGUCGAGGAAAAACCGUGCACAGUGGUGUUUGAAUGUGAACUGAACAAAAUGUCAGCAGUUCAGUGGUUCUACAAUAAUCACCAAAUCGUUUCUUCGGACAAGUACGUUGUGCUCGAUAAAGGGCGUAUCCACACUUUAAGAAUUAUGGAUGUUUGUGACAAAGAUGAAGGGAAGUACUGCGUCGAUGUAAAUGGACAAAAAUCGGAAGCUUCAAUUAUUAUUGAAGAAACAGAUGAAGAAAAAGAAUUACUGAACCUUGCAAACUUAUAUGGGACAGGAGAGUAUGGCGACAUUAUUUUUGACAAUUGUACGGUCCAAGAGAAGGACUUGCUUGAAAAGGUCCAGUACGAGGCUGCUAGGAUAGUAACGGGUGCUACCAAACUUGUUUCUCUGCAGAAACUUAUGAACGAGGUUGGAUGGGAAUCACUUGGAAGUAGGAGGCAGAAGCAUAAAACUAUUCUCUUUGGAAAUAUGGCAUUAAAUGAUGAAGACAAUGAAAGAAUAUUUCUUGCUGUUCAUCACUACAUUGAAAAAUCCAAACGGUUUGAUUGA